AUGUCUGAGGAACUGCAGGAUGAAGCCACAUCGAUCAACGCCAUCUAUGGGGACGAGACAUUCGCUUCGAUAGAGCCCAACAUUUUCGCCCUCUCCUUGCCAUCACAAACUGAAGUCUCCCUGAGAAUCGAGUUCCCAAAAGACUACCCAGAUGCACCUCCAUCAAUUCUUGGCACGCAAUCCGUGGGUAACGAUGUUGCGAAAGGCGCAGGUAGCACAAUCGUGGAACUGGCUCGGACGAUCCUCUCCGAAGUCUACACUCCCGGUUCACCGUGUAUCUUCGACCUCAUUGAGGAGCUCAACCAGAGACUUCGGCAGCUCAGCCUGGACGCAAGCUCAAAGAACGAGGAACAACAAACUUCUCAAGCGAACGGUCAGGACUUGUCAUACCACGACCCGGCCAGAUACAGCGUUGACGACGAGCAGCAUGUGGACGACCUGAGCGAUCCGCCGCCGUGGACGUUGUCCGACAUCGUUACGGAGAAGAAGUCGAUCUUCAUCGCUCGCGCUGCGCCGGUCGAGUCUGUGGAGCAGGCCAAGUCGUAUCUUUCGCACUUGCUGGCAACUGAUAAGAAGGUCGCCAAAGCUACGCAUAAUAUCACGGCUUGGAGGAUACGGAGGGAUGACGGAGUGCAGUAUCAGGAUUGUGAUGACGAUGGGGAGGAUGCGGCUGGUGGGAGAUUGCUGCAUCUGUUGGAAUUGAUGAAUGCUUGGGGUGUCAUGGUUGUCGUGAGCAGAUGGUAUGGAGGUAUUAAGCUUGGACCGGAUCGCUUUCGACUCAUCAAUCAGUGCGCGAGGGAUGCAGUAGUGAAAGGUGGAUUUGGACCGACAGACGAUGCAAAGGACCACGGCAAGAAGAAAGGCAAGAAAUGA